GGGCCCAUAUUAGCCGCCGCGCGCUGGUGGGCUGCUGAGGUCGGUUGCGGCAGCCGGGGGACUGGCCGGCGGGGGCGGAGGAGUUUCGGGCCAGCGUCCCUUGAAGGCCCGGGUAGCUGGGGAGAGCGAGCGGAGACGCGCCUGGCUGCAAGAUGCCGCGCUCCUUUCUGGUGAAGAAGCAUUUCUCGGCCAGCAAGAAACCCAACUACAGCGAGUUGGAGAGUCAGACCGUGAUCGUGUCGCCCUUUCUGUACGAGAAGUGCCCCCUGUCCCUCAUCCCCCAGCCGGAGGUCCUGAGCCCGGGGGCCUACUACCCCCCGCUUGUGUGGGACACGGGGCUGCUCUCCAACUUCUUCACCUCCGAGACGGAAUACAAGACAUGCGCCGCUUCCCCCAGCCCAGAGUCCAAGCCCCUAGACCUGACCUCCCUGUCCAGCGAGGAGGAUGAAGGCAAGACCUCUGACCCGCCCAGCCCGGCCUCUUCUGCCACCGAGGCCGAGAAAUUCCAGUGUAGUCAAUGCAACAAGUCCUACUCCACCUUUGCCGGCCUUUCCAAGCACAAACAAUUGCACUGUGAUUCCCAGACCAGGAAAUCUUUUAGCUGCAAGUACUGUGAGAAGGAGUAUGUGAGCCUGGGGGCUCUCAAGAUGCACAUCCGAAGCCACACCCUGCCCUGCGUGUGUAAAAUCUGUGGCAAGGCUUUCUCCAGGCCCUGGCUGCUGCAGGGCCACAUCCGAACCCACACAGGUGAAAAGCCUUUUUCCUGUACACACUGCAAUAGGGCCUUUGCUGACCGCUCUAAUCUCCGAGCCCACCUGCAGACUCAUUCAGAUGUAAAGAAGUAUCAGUGCAAAACCUGCUCCCGGACUUUCUCCCGAAUGUCACUACUUCACAAACAUGAAGAAACAGGCUGCUCUGGAACUCGCUAAAGGUUCUAAACCCCAAGGACCCUUCCAUGCAAAUACAUGUAUUGUUACUAGUUUCUAUAGGAGGUAGUUUCCUUCAUAUUGCCAUUACAGUGUCUAUGAAGCCCUGUGUAUCCAGUUGCUUUGGGCCUUAAAUGAUAUUUUUACCAUGCUCUUCAUCUUUAUACCUCUGGCGCAAUUUAAAGGCCUGAUCCUUUUUCCAUUGAAGUCAAUGGUGAAACUCUAAUUGACUUCUGUUACCACAGGAUCAGACCCCCUACUGUGAUUGACUGUGCCUUAUAAAAUGAAGGCAUGAAGAAUUUCCCUCAACUCCAGCUAAAUUCAGUGGAUGCAGGAUCAGGCUUAUUGAUAUCAAUCUGAGUGUGCUAUAGACUUAACAGGUGCCUGUUGGUUGCUGAAGGCACUCGGCACCUUGCAGGAUUGCGCCCUGAACCAUGACAUACAGCUGGUCUGAAAUAUAUAUCACAGUUGUGGUGUUUUUGUUUUAUUUUUUUUAAUGAAGGACAAAGCGAAGUGUUAAACAUAAACCCCUUCUUCUCCUUGAUUGUGUAUAUGCGGCCUGCAGAAGGUGUAACUAUGCAAUAAUACAGUAUCACAUUAGUUCUCAAGCAGCUGCUUCUCCCCCAGCACAAUGACAAUUUGCAAUGCCUACAAGAUUAACAAUGUCCAUAAAAGGCAUUGGUAGCCAUUUCAAACAAGAAUCCUGUUUACAGAGCAGCUAUGCACUCAAGCACCUGUUAAUAUGACUCUAACAACUGCUUUUCAAGAGAAACUGUGACUAAUAAGCAGGCACUUGUCAGAUGAUACAAUGGUGGCUUGUGCAAAGCACUGGCAAUUGACAGGUGUGUGCCAAAAGAGCUAUUUAUGGUUAUGACAGGUGCCUAGUGAAUGCAUCUUUUCUUUGUACAUUGUUUUCACACAAUCAUAAACAGAGUAUGUUUACAUUUCAAAGGUACACUGGUAUUUAUAUUUUUUGUGCCACAAUUUUGUACUGAUGAAACUUUUAUAUAAUUAUAUACAGUUUAUUGAUAUUCAAUAAAAAGGUUAAUUUAUGA